CCCAAAUAUAGAAACGCCUAUGCGUGGCAUACGCUACAUAUACCGUGUCGGUGUUGUGGCAAGGCUGGCCGUUUUGCGGAGCACAUUCCCCUCCACAUGUUUUCUGUCGCUUCUUUCUUGGCUUUGUCUAUCAGCUAUUGCUGUGGAAUACAUUCGCAUGUGCUUCUGGGGUUCUUGUUCCAACUGCUUCUCUUGUCUAUAUGUGGCCUUGUCUCCCGAUUUCAACUCGUCGUCUCGCCAACUCACUGCACUCACGAUGGAAGGGGAUGUCCUCUUCACAGUAUACCCUAUAGAAAGAAGAUACUCUGUUGGGAGGACGCUAUAAUAGGGUCUUAACCGUUCCGAUAAUUAGAGGAAUCUGAGGCUGGUCUUGACUGCGAACUCGGCUGUCGGUCGAUAGAUAGCUAGCACAUCAUCUGGCCGACGCACA